AGACCCCAAAGUAACGUGACUACACAAAUUCGGAGUACAGCAACGCAAAGACUUGGUCAACUUCAAAGUCACGUGCUCACGCUUAGUGAAAUUAAUAGAGACGUUCUACAACAAUUUUGCAUUAAAAUGAAUUAG